AUGCUACCUCCAAAGAGAGUCCAGCGAAACGUUUUUAAGCCAGAAGCUUACGGUCCUCAUUACGAUGAGUGGAUUCGAGUGACGUCGUAUACUUCCGGGAAACGACUUAAAACCAUCAAGAGCACUCAUUACCCCAAGAUCGGUCAAGCUAUGGUCGAGAUCACAUAUCUGACAGAUGCAACGGUUCAUCGACGCCACAUCGAACAAAUUCAUUUCAACGAAACUUCCAUUUCGAAAGAAGCUCCUGUGGAAGAAAUUCAAAAAAAUCCGCCUAGUGAGACGCCGUCAACACCUACUGAAUUUCAAAGGCAACAGUCCCUAUUCCGAGAAUAUAUACCGAUGAGAAUACCCCACUGGCCCUCCGACGACCAAUCAGAAGAGCAAACCAAUUUGACGAAGUUCUCUUGA